AUGGCGGCACAAAAACGCUCUCUUGACAGCGCUCCUUCCUCCCACAAGUCAAAAAAAUUAAAGGCCUCGACAUCGGCGUUUGAAAGCGCACUGCCAGACACCUCCAGUCUCACGACAGAUGACAUCGACUUCCCUCGCGGUGGUGGAACAAGCUAUACGCCCUUGGAGGUCAAAACAAUCAGAGCAGAGGCUUUGAAAGAAGCAGAUAGAGAGCUAUUCAAGGAGGCCCAAGAUGAAUCCAAGAAAUCCAAGAAGCGUAAGAGAAAGUCUAACGUCGGUCCAUCCACGGAUGUAUCCACGACCGGAAAAAAUGAUAGAAUACGGAUAGAACAUCUGAACUACAAGAGAAUGAAUGUCGGCAUGAAGAUUUUCGGUCAAAUCAUGUCUAUCCAGCCCUUCGCCCUUAUUGUAUCUCUUCCCAAUCAACUCUUUGGACACGUCCCAAUAACCAAUGUCUCCUCUCAACUCACAAGUCUACUGGAAAGGGCCGAGAAUGAGGACGAGGAAGACGAUGAAUUCAACUCGAAAAGUGGAGUCCGUGUUCCCUGCCUGUCUGAUAUUUUCUGCGAAGGACAGUAUGUCCGAGCAGUAGUUACUGCACUCCAUACCCAGGGACAUACCGACAUUGCUGGUAUAGGACGAACGCGAGACGACGCUGCGAGGGCUAGCAAGAGGGUCGAACUAAGCCUCUACCCGGAAAAAGUAAACGCUGGAGUAAAGAAGACCGACUUGGUUCCCGCAUUUACCUUAACGGCAGAAGUGAGAAGCGUUGAGGACCACGGAUACCAACUAGGCUUGGGUGUGCAGGGGAUGGCGGGUAUUCUCACUUUCAAGGAUACGAAGGGCCUAACUGAUGGUCAAUCACUGAUUGUGGGGCAAUUGGUCGACGUUACAGUGCAAAAGCAGUCGUCCAAUGGAAGGACAUGUCAUGUUACCAACGAUCCCGACUUGUUUUUAUCUUCUUCACUUACCGAAAUAACAAGUGUUACGUCGGUACUUCCUGGAACGGCAGUUCUGGUUCUCAUAACAUCAGUACAUGCUACAGGCCUCAACGUCCAGGUCCUUGGUUUUUUCGACGGCACUAUUGAUCGACUUCAUCUUCCUCGGCGUAUAUCAGACAAGACGCAUAAAGUGGGAAAGAAGAUCAAAGCAAGGGUAUUAUACAAUUACUCAACGGCCCCCCCGCGAUUUGCAUUAGCUCUCAACGAACACAUCGCUGAACUCGGAACAUUGCGAACAAAAUCAGGAUUCAAUAUACAGGAAGCUUAUCCCGUCGGCAAGAUUAUCGAGGACGCGAAGAUUCUGAGAGUUGAGCCUGAGCGCGGAGUAGAUGUUGAAGUGGAAGAUGGACUAAAGGGUUUCGCACAUAUCUCGCACAUUUCCGACGAGCAUCUGCCCACUGUAUCCGCUUCCAGCCCUUGGAAACCCGAUUCGAUACACAGGGCUCGCGUCAUAGGAUACUUUCCCUUCGACGGUGUCCUUCAACUUUCACUUAAGCCUUCUGUUCUUGACCAACAGUUCUUCCAAGUUGAUGACAUCAAAGUGGGUGGAAUCGUCAAGGGCACAAUCAAGAAACUGGCCGACAAUGGGCUCUUCGUGUCGCUGUCGGGAAACAUAGAUGGUGUGGUGUGGCCCAAUCACUAUGCUGAUAUCGUGCUUAAGCAUCCGGCGAAAAGGUUCAAAGUCGGGACUAGUGUCAAGUGCCGGGUUCUUGUAGUGGACACUGUACGGAAACGACUAUCUCUCACUCACAAGAAGACCCUUCUGGAGUCCACAUUGCCGAUUGUGUCGUCCAUUGAGGAUGCCAAAAUCGGUUUGGUGACCCAUGCCGUUGUCUUCAAAGUGUUGACCAAGCACCUCAUGGUAGAAUUCUACAACAAUGUAAAGGCUACCGUUCCAAUACGAGAGGUUAGCGAAGUCCCGGUCAAUCUGUCCGACGCUUUCUCCGUGGGAAAAAUUGUUAAAGUACGAAUCAUUGAUGUUGACCAAGAGCACGGUCGGAUCGUGGCGAGCAUCAAAAAAUCCUCCGCCUCGCAGUCCUUCAACGCUGACAUAAGCGGAGUCGGAAUUGGUGACAUCGUCAAUGGAACUGUCUCGGAAAUUCAUAGUGAGAAUGUGGUUCUUGCCCUACAGCCCUCCGAAGUGCGCGCAUUCCUGUCUCUUAAUAACCUAUCUAAUCAUCGCGGUGUAUCACUGGCUCAACUGAGUGUUGACCUGUCUAUCAACGACAAACUCGAGGAGCUCGUCGUUGUGACCAGGAAUACUGAGAAGAACUUUGUGAUCGUCGCGACAAGGCCGAAGGGCAAGGCGAAUGUGAAGGGCUCCUUGUCUAUGGACAAGGUGGUUAUAGGGCAGGUGGUCAGUGGACGUGUCACCCGGAGAGUACGGCAAGGUACCCUCAUCAAGCUACCAUCUCGUAUUGGUGGCCUGCUACAUCCGACGGAUGCCACUGAUGAUUAUGAGAUGGGAAUACCUUUCCCGGCCACCGACUCUGUAUUGAAGGCUACGGUCGUAGGAAUUGAUGCCACCAAGAAGCAGCUGUCCCUCUCAACACGGCCUUCAAAGAUCUAUUCGGACGAAUCAAAGCCAGUCGUCGAUCGUGUAGUUGAUGGUAUAAAUGAUAUACAUGUAGGUGAGACGUUACGUGGUUUCAUCAAGAGUAUAACAGACCAUGGUCUGUUCGUUACCAUUGCACGGAAUGUGGACGCUCGAGUGCAGAUUCGUGAACUUUUUGACGACUAUGUCAAAGAUUGGCAGGAGCGAUUUCGGACCGAUCAGGUCGUCAAAGGACGCAUCCUAAGUGUUGAUAUCAACACCAAAAAGGUCGAGAUGACGCUCCGCUCCAAUGACUUCGCAAGAAAAUCGACAUUCUUAAGCUACGGGGAUCUGCAAAAGGGUCAAAAAAUUAGCGGGACGAUUAAAAAGAUUGAAGAGUAUGGCUUGUUCAUCCAGAUAGAAAGUUCAAAGCUCAGUGGUCUAUGUCACAAAUCUGAGCUUUCAGACAACAAGGACGCGGACGUUACUGUGGCCCUGGGUAGUUUCCGAGAGGGUGAUCGCGUCAAAGCAGUCAUCCUCGAUGUCGUAAAUCGACGGAUUUCUCUGAGCUGCAAGCCAUCCCAUUUCUCAGAAGAGGACUUCGCUGAUCAAGAUUCUGACGAGGCGGAAGCUGUGGAGCAAUUAGGUGUCGUCGACGAAGAUGCGGAUGACGAUGAGCAAGAGGAUAGCCAAGACGGCCUUCUUCAUCAUGAAGCCAAUGAUUCUUCUGACGACAACAGCGACGACGGCGUAAUGGAUGUUGAUUCAGCCCCCACACAUCUGCGGUACCAGCUCUCAUCAGCACCUAAGGAAACCACUGCAAAUUCUGGGAUGACGUUGAAGAUGGAUGCCGGAUUUAAUUGGUACGUCAAGGAGACACCGCCGAAACAGUCAGACGACGGAUCAGACGGAUCAGAAAAUACAGACGAUGAAGAUCAACCCAGUAAGAAGCGGAAACGGAGACGCAAGGAUAUUGAACAAGAUUUCACUGCCGACAUGCACACAAAAGCGCCUGAAUCUACUGCUGAUUUCGAACGCUUACUGCUAGGUUCUCCGAACUCGUCCUACUUGUGGGUGCAAUACAUGGCGUUCUUCAUGCAGCUUUCCGAGAUCGACAAGGCACGGGAAACAGCAAGGCGGGCUCUCAGUACCAUCAACUUUCGUGAAGAACAGGAGAAACUUAACGUGUGGAUUGCGCUGCUCAAUUUGGAAAAUCUGUAUGGAACUGAUGAGACGCUGGAAGCAACUUUCAAAGAAGCGGCCCGAGCAAACGAUUCCAAGACGAUCCAUCUUCGUCUAGCAUCUAUUUUCGACGCAUCUAAAAAAUUCCAGCAAGCUGAAGAUCAGCAUAAAAGGACUUGCAAGAAAUUCGGUCGAAGCUCAAAAGUUUGGACCUUGUUCGCCGAGUUUUACCUUCGUCGUGACGACAUUGAGAAUUCGCGGAACUUGCUUCCACGUAGUCUUCAAAGUUUAGAAAAGAGGAAACAUCUGAAAACGAUUUCAAGGUUUGCCCAAUUGGAGUACAAGAUGGGCGAUCCUGAACGGGGGAAAACCCUUUUUGAGGGUAUUGUCGAUUCACAUCCUAAGCGCUGGGAUAUAUGGUCAAUAUAUAUGGAUAUGGAAGUGGGACAAAGCAACAUCCAGAGUCUGCGAUCACUGUUUGAUCGUGUUUUAGCAUUCAAAAUGACUAGCCAUAAAGCCAAGUCUUUUUUCAAGAAAUGGCUAGAACUAGAACGUCGCUUAGGAGAUGAGGAUGGGGCUACGAUGGUGAAACAGAAAGCAGUCGAAUGGACCCAAAGAGCCAAUCCAUCAUAA